GCUGCUCCCAGGUCAGAUGAAUACUUUUAUAAGUGUCCUCAUAAGGGUGUUCCAGACCUACACCCAAAGUGUGUCAUUUCCAGGAAAGAUGGAGCAGCACAUUGCACCUUAUAAAAGGAAGAUGAGACUCGGCAGAGUGAGCAGGUAACCGGAGAACGGCGUCACAUGCAGGUGUUGUCUUUCUUUCCUAAGAUGAUGGAAAUCAAGAAGACCUGGGCCUGGGCCAUUGUCAUACUUAUGCUGCUAGCUAUAAUUGUUGUUGGGGCAACAUUGAUAGGGGUGUACCUGACACAGAAGCACAUUGAACAGGUGGUGGAGAUGGCCUUUGAAGCCAAGAGUGGAGAGAAGGUCCAGCAGACGGUAAUGGUCAACAAGGAUGGGAAUGUGGCAGCGUUUUAUGUCAACGCCAACAACGAAUCGUCCACUAUCCUGUACGACUACAAUAAUAACAUCAUCGGCUUCAAGCGAGUGAACAAUCAGAAAUGUUUGGUUGUGGACAUGAAAGGUAUGAACAUCCCAUCAAUAAGCGACAUCCUGAGGGUCAUCAAACACUUCGAGAAACAGAACAAUACAUCUAACAGCGAUUUAUCUUACGAUCUGGUGGAAGGAGUAGAAGCCGACCGGACUAAACUGGGUGUCCACAUCAAUAUCCUGUGCAGUGAUGUCCCCAUCUACUGGGCUACACAGGACAAGUCCCCACACCUGCGCUGGACAUUUACACUCAAGUUCAGCAUCUUCGGUUUAGAUGUGGUGUUUACCUUCCAGUCCUGAUCAUCUCACCCACUAUUCGGCUUGGUUUACAUGUUCAUGUGUUUUUAUGCAGUUUUUGAGGGCAAACCCAGGCACGGACCAUAAAGAGAGAGUAGGUAUGAAGGACAGACACUACUUCACAUCGUAUUUUUUUUUUAUCAUUCCUGGUUUUGACUCCAAAAACGGCAUAAAAAAACCUGAACAUGUAAACCCAGUCUUAGGUUUGAAUCACAGGGUGUUGGCCGUGGCUUUGGGAAGGAUGCAAAUCAGGAUGUAAGUGCGACAUUUGGAAUUCCUUCCCCACUCCCUGAUAGACUUCCCAUUAUAGACUCUAUACUCCCUGCAGCAUUUCAGCCAGGAUUAUGUGGGCAACACUGGCACCAGAUUAUAUUUGAAUAUCCCAAACUGUACUCUGUUCUCACCUGACAUCUUGCUGGAAGCAGGGCCAUGUAAUAAUGAGAAGGACCCCACUGGAGUAUUAAAGACUCUUUUCCUAGGGUCCCCCUGUAUGGUACGUUUUGUCUUUGCUUGAUGAUUUGAGACUUGGUGCGGAUUACAGUUCCCUGUGACCAAGUGGAACUUCCAUACAGAGAACCUAGAGGAUGAAACAGAAGAAGCAAUACCUAAUUCCAACUGCUUAUUGAGGCACUGAGAAUCUCAUGUCAACGAGGGUUUGGAAACUUCGACCUUAUUUUUCAAAAUGUUGGCUGAGAUAUUGACAAACAAGCUGAAGAUCCUGUAUAAACUGUUAGCUAAAGAAGCGGGGCACCAGAAUCACCAUCAUGGCGGUGUAUUGUAAGCCAGUAUGUAUAGUUGGACGGAAUCGCACGUACUGUCUUAGUGGCAGUUUUUGGUGCAGUGUUUUGGUGCAGAGUCAAACACAGGAGUGGAUGCAAAUAAAGAGGAGACAUCUCAGCUUGUUCUUUAUGGUGCCUACUUAAUAUUAUUUAAUUCCCACUUUUUAUA